UUUUAAUUAAUUUUUAAUUAAUUUUUAAUAAAUUUGAAUUAAUUCUUCAUCUUAUUCAAAAAGAAAAAGAAAAAGAAAAUAAUUUCUUUGGUUUUCCCUUUUUUACUUUUUCAAUGCCAAUAAUAUUCAUUUCAUGAGACCCUUAUCUAUAUCCAGUGGCAGAAGAUCUCAGAGAUCCCAAAGAUCCCCAAGAUCUCCCUUUUCUUCUUCUAAAAUUUCUUUAUUACAAAAGGAUAAUCAAAGUGUUAAUAGCUAUAGUAGCCCCAACAGCCUUAUUAGCCCUAAUAGUCUCAGUAUUCAUAAUAGUCCUAACAGUCCCAAAAGUCCAAAUAGUUUCAUUAGUACCAGCAGUGCCAAUAGUGCCAAUAGUUUCCAUAGUCUAAAAAAAAAAAAGAUUUUUUCAAGACAAAGAAAUAGUUUUUUAGCUGACUUCAAAUGUUGCUUUUGUGAUAUAUCUCUAGAGAGUAUCUUGCCUGGUGAAGAAAAUAUUCAAUUAUCCUGUUCCCACAAUUGUCAUUUUAAAUGUUAUUUAAUAUUUAUGAAUAGAAAUGAUAUUAACAAUGAAAUUCAAUGUCCUUCAUGCCAUAAAUUAACAAAACCUCUAAAAGAAUCCGAUCAUGAUAAAUUGGUUCAACUGUUAUUAACUCAAAACCCAAAAAAAUAUCCGUUAACCGAUUUAAAUACAAUUGGUAAUUAUCAUUAUAAUAAUAAUAAUGAAGAUGAAGAUUUUGACUGUACAGAUUAUAAUAGCUUCAAUAGUUAUGAAUUAUACAAUACUUAUAGCAAUAACGAUGACUCCACUCAAUUAUCUUCGGAAAUAUCAACUUCUCCCAUAACUCCAACUGAAAAUUUCACCGAUUAUCAAUUGUUUUUUCAAUCAUCUUCGCUAAAUAAUUUUACUUAUUUAGAUAAUGAAGAAAGCUUUUUCCAAAAUUCAGGAUCUUCAAAUUAUUCAUCAUCUGAAAUAGUUGCGAACGAUUUAAUCGAUAAAUUAAAUACUCCAAUAAUUAGAGUUAUCCCCGAACAAAAAAAAAUAACUUUUAGAACUUCUUCCAAUAAUUAUGUUUUGCCUUGUGUCUUUAAUAUAUCAAUGCCCUCAAUUAACCCAAAUUCAAAAUCAAAUAAGAAUAACACUAAAAAUACCAAUGAAGUUAAUCAAAAUGAUAAAAUUGACGAAGAAAAAAUUAAAAAUAAAAUAUCUGUUCAAGUUAAAAAGCUAAUUAAAAGUAAAUUAUCAGGUAAAUUUAGUGUUGAUUUCCAAAAAUUAGGAAAUUUGAAAAUGUUUGAUUAUUUAAAUUUUGCUCUUAUUGAUGGCACCGAGUAUCUUGAUGCUCAAUGCUACUUAUUUGAAAAAUACCUCCUAAUCUUAAAUAACCAAGGUAAUUCGAUUACUGGGAUUAUUCAAAUCAAAUCAGAUUUGUCAUCUGUAAUUGAAUUGAAUGAAAAUACAAUCCUGCUAAAUUCCACUAUACCUACCUUACCUGAAGUCGAUGUUUAUUCUGAAGACAAAAGAAUCAUAUCAAAAUGGAAAAAUUAUUUAAAAUAUUCGUCUCCCUAUAUCGAUUUUAAACCAAAAGAUGUUUCUUUAAUUUCUUUAACAACAAAUGCUUGGGAUAUAAUUGAUCAAAUUGAUUCAAUUCAUCACAUAAUACCUGAUUAUAUAAAAGAAAUUAACAAUUAUAAAAGAAAGGGUUUGUUACUACCAAUGCACUUAUUAUUAAAGACUCUACCUGAACCAGAGCCCCUACCUUUAAGAAUGAUAUUAGGUAUUUCAAUUUUUAAUAUGGAUAAGUCAUUGACAAAUCAAGAGUAUAAAGACAGUGUUUUACAAUUAAUUAAAACAAUUGCAAACUCUUUGACUCCAUUGGAUAAAUUUGGAAUUGUAAUUAUAGGUUCUAAUGGGAGUAAUAUUGGAAAAUUUAGUGAAAGAUUAAGCUCAGAUGGCAGCUGGAAAAAUUGGGAAACUUAUUUUGAUGAAAAAUUAGUAAUCCAUGAUAACUAUGACCCAAUUACAAAAAAAUCAUAUAUCAGCAAUUCUUUUGAAGAAUUAAGUUUAUAUUUUGAAAAAUGCAGAGAAAUUAUAGGUACCUGGCCUGAAUGUGAAAAUCCAAAUGCAAAUAUUGUUAGAAAAUUUGUAAUUCUUAAUGCAAAAUAUGAUGUUGCUUCUGAUAAUUCAAUUUCAUUAAAAGGUAAUAAAACAUACCAUGAUACUCAACUAGAUAAUGUGAUAAAUAAAAACUUGAAAAAAAUUAUAAAAGAUAAUCAUUUUACUCUUCAUUCAUAUUUAAUAGGAAAGGAAUAUAAUGUGUACCUGGUUAAAUAUUUUGAAAAACUUUUUCAUUUUAAUGGUAUUGAAUUUGGUUCUGAAUUGAAAAGAAUUAAUACUUUAAAAGAUUUUGAUAUUGUGAAAAUAAUCGAUGAAUGUCACAAAAUUUGCAUACCAAAUAUUAAGAUUAGGUUUAAACCAUUAAUUGAAAAUAUAAUUAUUGAAAAAGCAGAAUUUGAUGAAUUUGGUGAAAAAGAAGUUGAAUUUUCAAUACAAAAAAAUCGAUCUAUUUUAGCUGUUGAUUCUAUUCGAGAGGCAAUUAGAGAACAAGAAAUUCCUAUCAGUUCUACUAGCAAUAAACCAUCUCGAAGCAUUUUUUCUGAAGAUAACUUGGUUGAGUUUAAUCUAAAAGAUUUGACACCGGGAUAUUGCAAAAAUUUCCUGUUCAAGUUCAAUAUAACAAUCAACAAUAGAUUUAAACAAUUUUAUACUCAAUUAACAGGUAAUAACAUAUCGGUAUCUUCCACAGGAUCACCAGCACCAUAUGGUGAUAUUCCUUUAAUUAAUUAUUCAAGCGAGCACUAUAAAGGUAAUUCAAAACCAAUUAAAGUUGAAAUUAAAGCAAAUUUUAUUGAUGAUAUUACACUGAUGCAGAAUAUAACAUCAUAUAUACCGUCAAACAAACAUAGUGACAGUAAUAAUGAUGAGUUGACAAUUGAUACAAUAAUGAACAUUCCAGUAUUUGCCCCCCUUUCGGCUUCAAGAGACAUUAUGUUUGCUAAAAGACAGGCAGAGUUAACAGCAGUAAGAUCUCUAAGAAAGGCUAUUGAAAUAUACUCAAUACUAAAGCAAAAGGCUAUUAACCAUAAUAAUAAAAUAAGCAAAAAAGAUUUAAAAAAAGUUAAAGGGAUUUUGAUGCAAUCGGUUUCAACAAUUUUUGGAAUAAUUAGAGGAUGUGUUUCAACAUUAAAAGAAGAUGAGGAAAUCAAUUUAAGCAAUAAGGAGCAGCAGACACAAAAAUAUAUCGAGGGAAUUAGUAAUAAUCUUUCAAAACUAGCGAAACUAGUUGAGAGCAAUAAUGAACUAGCAAUAGUGUAUGGAUAUGACUUGCUUUUAUUUUUGGUUUUUCAAAAAACUGAAUAAAUUAAUUAUACAAUUGGAUAACUCAUUACCCGAUUAAAAACAAUCAAUUUUUUUCAUUUCAAAACACCUUUUUUUUUUUUUUUUUGAUUUCAGAAUUUUUUAAAUUUUUAUGGAUUUCUUUAUUAUUUUUUAUUAUAUUGUUAUUAUACCACUAUUAUUUUUUUUAUUAUUUUUUUAUUUAAGCUAGUUGCAUGAUGAUAAACAAUUGAG